CCCGCUCAGAAGUGAAAGUGCCACUGAAGAAGUCCCAGCAGCGAUGACGGCCGCACUCAUCCCUCUGGAUGUCGAUCAGGUGUCCACAUGCGCUCUGCGCGUCGGGGGGUCUGGGCUGGUGUUCCGAGCGGCUGCUGCUGCUGCUUCUGCUGCUGCUGCUGUCUGCAUGUCUGCUGGAGGUUGCCACCGUUGGGCCAGGGGGCACAUCCCGCAAAGUCCCCUGCGAGUGUAAUAACUGCCCUCAACUCCCGACGCUGAAUCUAACCGAAGCCCCCGCCGCUCUUAACUGCUGCACCAACGGGGGCCGCUUCCGCUACAAGUGCGUGGUGAACCACGUGAGGAAAGCCGGCACCUCCAACCUGGCCGCAUGCACGUCGGAAAACGGGAUUGGGACGUGGAGCAAACCGAACCUCGUAUGCAUCCCGGACCCCAGAAUUGUGAUUACCACCAAGCCGCCAGAUGUCAACCCAACUUCCCACGCAGCGGUCCCCAGGCCGGAUGAAGGCACUCCAGGGGCCCAAGGCGUUCCGAGUUCUGGAGCGGCAGUCCCAACGGGAUUAGGCCUAGCAGCCUUAAUACUCAUCAGCGCUAUUCUGGGAUUUUCCUUCUGCUGCUGGAGACGGAAAAGGAGCGCGAACUGUCCCACCGGAAGCGCCGAGCCGACGCCCCCCGAAGAGAUGCCUUUGAACCCCACAAACCCUCCGCCUCCCUCCGGCUCGGCCCCGCCCGGACCCCCUUCGUAGCAUCGCCGCCGCCGCGGAAACCGCCAAACGUACACGGAGUCAUGCAACGCAGAGCUUGAUCGUAAUCCGUCUGAUAUCAGAGACUCACCGUGGAAUGAUAUCAGAGGAGGCGUGGGGCUGAGAGAGAGAGAGAGAGAGAGAGAGAGAGAGAGAGAGAGAGAGAGAGAGAGAGAGAGAGAGAG